AUGCUGUGCGACGUAGGGCACACUGACGACAUUUUCUUUUCAAAUGAAUGGAGGAUGCCUUAUUUGGCAUUGGUCUUCUUCUUGCUGCUGGCAUUGGGAAAUGUAAUGCUGGGUUUGUUUUCUGCCCGGACAGCUGAUCUACCUCCUUCCUUGAUAUCACCCUCACAUGGGUUUAAUGAAUUUUCCCCAUCCGCCUACGAUCAGUUGGUAAUUUACAACAGAAUCCCAAAGACAGGCAGUACAUCAUUGGUGAACUUGGUAUAUCAUCUAUGGAAACGGAAUUCAGUUCGUGUUGCGUUGCUCAACGUGUCUCACAACGGAUUGUUUCUUAAUCGCAUGAACCAGCUGUACCUUGUAUGGAACAUGACUGAACGUGUCAGUGCACAACAACCACUAUUAUUGCACGGUCAUUUUGCCUAUUUGAACUUUGCUCAAUUCGGUUCAUCUCUACGUCCGAUCUACUUGAACAUGGUUCGUGAUCCGCUCGAACGUUUGGCAUCUUACUACUAUUUUAUACGUUUUGGGGAUGAUUUCCGUCCGAAUCUCACUCGUCGUCGUAUGUCCGACCCGAAUCAACGGAUUCUCACAUUUGACGAAUGCGUACAAACCGGCGGCGUGGAUUGCAACCCAAAUGAUCUUUGGGUUCAGGUGAGCAAAAUUUAUCCACAUUAUAUGCGCCUCCUUUUGAGCUGUUUUCAGCUGUAUUGUAUUGUGUGCAACUUUUGCAAGCAACUGAAGUUUACGGUUCAGUCAAAAUUAUUAUACGUGGCCACCGUCACAGGGAACAUGCAUAACGGGGGAAAAUGUUUGGUUUGGAUGUCUAAUGUUGAUUACCAUCCUUCGGAAUAUGCAAUGACGGAACUAGCGAACAAAAGACAGCUGAAACGUUUUGUUCGAGUCAAGUCAAGAAAUGCUUUAUGCACCCAAAGGGUGAAUUUUCAGAAAUUUACGAACUUCUACAGUGUAUAUGUAAAACAAAUUGCGAUUAACAAAAAAAGACAGUAA